AUGGACAGGUCCUUCUCCCUGCUUGCUCUGCUUUCCCUCCUCGUCGUUGGCAUCAGCCUGGGCUCGCUCCGCUCCGGUUCAGCCGCGACGACCACCACCGGCACCCCCGACGGCUCAGAGCUGUGGGGGUACGUCGAAGUCCGGCCAAAGGCUCACCUGUUCUGGUGGUACUACAAGAGCCCGCAGAGGACGUCGACGCCGACGAAGCCAUGGCCGACCGUCCUCUGGCUGCAGGGUGGCCCCGUACAAAAGCAUGGCCUGAACUUUGUCACCGAACCGUGGUCUGGACGUCCGGUGGCUUUGCAGGGCGCGUCCGGCGUCGGGUUCGGCAACUUCCAGGAGAUCGGCCCGCUGGACGUCAACCUGCAGCCGCGAAACUCGACAUGGCUCUCGAAGGCCGACCUCAUCUUCGUGGACAACCCGGUGGACGUCGGGUACAGCUACGUGGAGGACGACAGCCUGCUGGUGACCACCGACUGGCAGCAGGCGGAGGACGCCACCACGCUGCUCAAGGCGCUGGUGAAGGAGGUGCCCACGCUGCAGAGCAGCCCGCUGUUCCUGGUCGCCGAGUCCUACGGCGGCAAGUACGCCGCCACGCUGGGCGCGUCCGUCGCCAGGGCCGCCCGCGCCGGGGAGCUCAAUAUCACGCUCGGAGGUGUGGCGCUCGGCGAUAGCUGGAUCUCGCCGGAGGAUUUCACGCUCUCGUACACGCCGCUGCUCCUGAGCGUGUCGAGGCUUGACGACAACGCCGCCGACGAAGCAAACAAGAUGGCCGAGACGGUGAAGGAGCAGAUCGCGGUGGGCAAUUUCAGCGACGCGGAGGGUUCGUGGAGUGAUCUCCUGGAUUUCAUCGGCACCAGGAGCGGCGACGUGGACGUAUACAAUUUUCUUGAUGGCAGCCUGGACCAGGCGACAGCGGAAACACCAGCGGCCUCGUCGCCAAGCACCGUGAAGGCUAUGAUGAAGUACUCGAGGUACCUCAGCGGCAAGCAGGAGGACUUGCCGGGCAUCAUGAAUGGAGUCAUCAAGGAGAAGCUCAAAAUCAUCCCCAAAAACCUCAAGUGGCAGGGGCUUAAUGAUGCUGUUUAUUACGCGCUGGUCAAUGAUAUAAUGAGGCCAAGAAUCGAGGAGAUUGAUGAGCUGCUGUCUUACGGUGUCAAUGUGACGGUGUACAACGGCCAGCUCGACAUAAUCUGUUCGACCAUCGGCGCAGAAGCAUGGGUUCAGAAGCUCAAAUGGGAUGGGUUGAAGACGUUCCUGAGCCUACCGAGGCAGACUCUCUAUUGUGGCUCCAGCGAAGGCACCAAGGCUUUUGUUAGGUCCUACAACAACCUGCACUUCUACUGGAUUCUUGGAGCUGGCCAUUACGUGCCUAUCGACCAGCCUUGUAUCGCACUUAGCAUGAUCGGCAACAUAACUCAGUCCCCAGCAAGUUAG